AUGUCGGAAACAUAUCCGAUCGGCACCCGCUCAGAGUGCGAGCGCCUCGUUCGAGAUUGGGGUUUCCGGCACGUCUUCACAUGGUCAGAUGGGAGUGGUGCUUAUUACUCACCUCAUACUCAUGGAGGUCUCACCACACAUCUAAUCCGUCGAGGAACAAUGACUGUCACAUACCCAGAAGACAAUGCCAAGAACCGCGAGCAGAAGAAAGAGACGUUCGGUGUUGGGGCCAGAGUUGAUGUGCCGGCUGGCAAGCUUCAUGAGGUUUGGAUCGGGGAGGAGGGGUGUGAAUAUGUUAUUGGCGAGUAG